UGCAACCACUCCCCUUAUAUUUCUUGUGCAAGCACUCCACCUCAUGCUACAAGUCCUCCUCCUCCCCUUUGCCAGCUUCCGGUCAGAGGAAUAAGCGACGAAUCCUUCUAGUAACAAGCUAGGGGAUGAUCGAGAAGCUAUAGCUACGAAGUGAGAAAAGGAAUUGCGGCGAAUCGCGGUUACUGGUGAUUAAUUAUAUUUCCGCUGGGUCGAUCGGGGGCGGCGCUCUACAUGUGAAGAACAAGAACAAGGAGCCGGUUCGUGGAUAGGUUUUGCUGGCGGAUUGAGGUGAUUAGUUGAGAAGACAGUAGCUAGCUUGGAGAGUUUUGCAUGGGGGAUAGGCCAUGGCAGCAGCCUCAUGAGCAGCUGGCUGCUUCCUGUUCAGCACACACCGGGAUGAUCCAAGCUUCUUCUGCUGCUGCUGCUACCUCCUCCAUCCAUGGAAACAUCAUCAGAAAGGACCCUGGCGGAGGAUACGACGACAUGGCAGAACUUGAUCAAGCCCUCUUCCUCUAUCUCAACAGCCAGGAUCAAACAUCGGUUCAAGAACAACCACAGACUCUGAACAUCUUCCCUUCCCGGCCGAUGCACGUCGUCGUCGAACCUUCUCCGAGGGCCGCAGCUAACCCGCCGCCGAACGUCGCCGCCGGUUCAUCGAAGCAGCAGCCGUCGAGGCCGGCGGCUCCGGCGCCGGGGAAGAACGGCAAGGCAGCCGUCAAGAGAGAAGGAAGCGGCGGCGGGGGCGGCACGCCGUCGACCUCGGAGCAGGAGGGCCCCAGAACGCCCAACGCCAAGACUCUCAGGAGGCUUGCCCAGAACCGGGAGGCCGCCAGGAAGAGCAGGCUCAGGAAGAAGGCUUACAUUCAAAACUUGGAGACGAGCAGGAUCAGGCUGUCCCAGAUGGAACAGGAGAUGCAAAGAUGCAGCGCUCAGGGUGCAAUCUUGGGCGGUGGAGCUGGCAUCGGAGGACUAAGCCCAGAGGCGGCGUGGUUCGACGGGGAGCACGCUCGGUGGGUGGAGGAGCACGAGAGGAUGAUGCGGCACCUGCGGGCGGCCGUGGAGCUGGACGAUAACAACCUGCAGCAUCAGCAGGGUCAUCAGGACGAUGGAGGGCAGCUGCGGCAGCUGGUGGACGCGGCGGCGGCGCACCACGUGGUGCUGGCGGAGCUCAAGUCGGCCGUGGCCAGGGCCGACGUCUUCCACCUCGUCUCCGGGACGUGGCUCCCCGCCGCAGAGCGCUGCUUCCUCUGGAUCGGCGGCUCCCGCCCCUCCGACCUCGUCAAGGUUGUUUUGCGACACGUGGAGCCGCUGACGGAGCAACAGGUGGCGAGCGUGUGCGACGUGCAGCGGUGGGUGCGGGAGCGGGAGGAGGCGCUGGACCAGGAGCUGCAGGCGGCGCGCCUCUCCCUCUCCGACGUCGUCUGCUCCGACGCCCUGCUGUCCCCUUACCCCGACAUGGCCGCCUACAUGGCCCACAUGUCACUCGCCAUCGCCAACCUCUCCUCCCUCGAAGCCUUCGUCAGACAGGCAGACACGCUGAGGCUGCAGAUGCUGCACAGGCUGCCGCAGAUCCUGACGGCGAGGCAGGCGGCGCGGUGCUUCCUCGCCAUCGCCGACUACUCGCAGCGCCUCCGGGCUCUCAGCUCCCUCUGGCUCGCGCGGCCGCGCCAGGGCCAGGGUGGCCAGCCCACCCCGCCCGGCGCCGGCGGCCGGAUCCACCCAUAAAUUUCUACAUCCCCCUUAGCUAGCUGCAUACACACACACCUAGAACAGAUUGUUUAGAUUCACAGUAUAUAGAGAUGAUCAGAUGAUGAUCCAUUUCUUGCUGCUUUGACGAGAGCUUGGUUAGUUUGUGUAAUUGUGUAUAUAUAUCAAGAGUAAGUUCCAAUGCGUACUAGCUGAUAACUAGCUAGGCAGUAUAAAAAUAAGAGCUGCUUCAUCCAGACACGAUGGAGUUGGCUUUGUGAAUGAUCUUAUUGCCAGUUAAAAGAAUCAACAGGACACACUGUAUUGCUGUUA